GCUGCCUUUUCCUGCUGGGCUGCAGCAGGUGCCUGUGUGGGCCAUGGGGGCUGUGUGCAGCCUGAGUGCCCACCUGCAGGCCCAGUGCCUGCUGGCCAGGCACAGCACAGCACUGCUUGGGGUGAGGAGGUGCCCUGUGUGGGGCGGGGGUGGUUUGCAAGACGUGGCGCUGAGAGGGGUGCAGUGGAUGUUGGGUGGCUGCAGCGGUUGCUGAAGGGCCAAGGUGACCCCAUCAGUGUCAGGUGCCAUUCUGGGGCUGUAGUCAUAGAAUUAUUAAGGUUGGGAAAGACCACUAAGAUCAUCUAGUGCAAUCAUCAGCCCAUCACCACCGUGUCCACUAAACCACAGUCACUGCAACUCUAGCCCAGGGCUCCCCAGGAUGGAGCUGAGGCUUGUCCUGGGCAAGGUGCACUUUGUUCUCUGCCAGGGCUGAGCUGCCAGACCUGCAGGACCUGCUCUGGAUGCUCCUGUGACCCCUGUUAUGGCCGUCCUGCCCCAUGAGACUGGCAGGAACUGGCACGGCUGCCCAGGGGUGGAGCUGCCAUCCCUAGAGUUGCUCAGGAACUGUGGAGGUGUGGCACUACGGGAUAUGGUCUGUGGUGCUGUGGGGGUGGGUUGGGUUUGGUGAUCGUAGAGGUUCUAUGAAAGCUGCAGAGCUGCUGGCAGUCAGGCUUUGAGCUCCCAGGGCACAGUGUCUCACCUUGUGAAGGUACAGAUGUCUCAUUCUUCAUCUGCUUUUUGUCUUUGCUCCAAACUACAGGGUUUCACACCCCUUGUAAAGCUGCUUAUGUGCUUCCUGGGUCCUCCUUAUCACGCACUGCCUUUUGGCGGCGGGGGGAGAGCUUCUGUGGGCUGGGACAGUAAAUCAGAUAGGAGCUGCAACAAGGACAGCAGUCACUGUUUGUAAGUACUGUCUGACCCACCUUGGGGCUUAGGGAAGCAUUAAAAUAAGGUUUUGAGUAACCCCAAAACUCUGUCCAUCCAACUGAAAGAAUACACUAUGUCAGUUGCUACAAAGGUGUUGCUAAUCACAACCAUUAAACAUACAGUGGCCUCAGAACCUGUUUGAUUAUAGGAUGAACUUGUUUUUUUUCGCUCUUCUGAAAUAGAUAAGCCAAAAUUUGUAGUGUGGAUAGAGUUUUUAGUUUCUCAUUAAUUAUAUUCCUAAGUCAGAUCAGACAAAGCAAACACAUGCACAGAUGUGUUGCUAGGCUGUGAUUUUCCAUGAGCUGUUUGCCUGUCACCCUGGUGAUGCCCAUGGUCUGUUUGCUGCCCACAGUAUUGUUACUUUCAUCUGUGUAAGAUCGCAUCAUGAAUGUGGGGUUAGGAAUGUGAGAACCUUAGCUGAUGUUCAUUAAAUGUGCCAGAAGUACAGCCCAGGUUUCUCAUUGCAGGGAACAGGCUGACUUGUGUUCCAGUCUUGCUGCAGUUGCUCUGGGCUGCAGGGUCCACUGAAUAGAUUUGGUUUAAUGGGGGGACCAAGCCCAUGAAUGCUAUUCCUUGACUGCUGCCCCCCGAAAAGUGAAAUGGAAGAAAAGAGCCUCGAUCAUCACUAAAAAGGAUCAAUAUGUGCUGGGGACCAGACGCCAGCUGACAGUGUAAUAUUGGUGUGCUGUAACCAGGAGGGCUAGUUCAGGUAUCCCAACCCUGCUAACAGCCUCCAGCAGCAUCCAAGGGGUAAUGCCGAGGAUGCACGCGCUGUUUCCCAUUUCCCACUCCAGUGUCCCAGACUCCAAAAAGCCCCCAGCACAGAGAAUCACCGAAUGAUCAGAGCUUUCUGUGCUCUGUGUGUUCUGUGAGCUCACUAAUCCUGACAGGAUUGCUCUUCCUUGGAUUGCUGUGCUGAGCGUGUCUUUGUUGUGUGGGGAAGGUGCCAUGAGCAGCACUGUGGGCUGCUAACAGCGUGUCCUGGCAUUAAAUUCACAGCGUUAAGCUUUCCUCUCCUAGAUAGUGCUACUUACUGAUUUUAAAAUGAAGGAGUAAAGACCCAUUUAUGUAAAUAAGCCAUAUUCAAGCACUUGAGAUCAAUUUCACCAUGUCCAGAAUGGAUAUUAAAUAAUGAUUCUGAUAGGCAGAUUCAAGGUUGAGCUCAGCUUGUUAAGCACAAAGGAAAGUGACAUACAGGUGGUGGAGCUGCUGUGACCUGGGUGUGGGUCGGGAAAGACAGAAAUACCCUUUGCUCUCCUGAGUACAGUUAUGGAAACACAGAGAAUAGGGGCAGGUUACACUGCCCUGGGAUGAGGCUCAUGGUGCAGCUUGUGGCUGCCUGGCUGUGGCACCUGAGUGUUUGCAGAGGUGUUGGCAGAGCCACAGUGCUGCUCAUCAGCAGGAGCCCGCAGGCAGCGUCUGCCUUGGACUGGUGGUCUUCGUUUCUGAACCUGCUAUAAGUGUGAACUUAAUGAGUAUAGUAUGUUUAUCCAGAGCCUAAUUUGACAUAGAUUGGAUUAAUUUCAUUUUUUUAACUCAUUAUCGGUGCUGUGUUUACAGCUGCGUAUAGUAAAAAUUGAUUUAAUACAACAUGUUUUCUGACCCAUAGCCAGGAGGAGCUGAUAAACUGUGGGACAGUGAAGGGCCAUCUGUGUAUUGCCAUGCUCCUCAGUGUCUGGGGUGUUCGCAUGUUUCCCAUGGCCUCAGAGCUGCCCUGGGGCAGUGGCUGCCACUCAUUCAUGGUACAGGAAAGACUGCAGCACCCAGCAGCACUGGCACAGGGCUGGCUGCAGCACAGGAGGCCUCCGCUGCCUCUUCUGUUCUUCUCUCUUUUGCAGAUGCCUCAGCAGAAGCAUAUGCUUAGGGUCUAACAUCCUGCCUGCAAAAUGGCAGGCCUGGUUUGGGGCUGUCAGGGGGCAGUUGUGUUGGAUGAGGCACUAGGGGUCCUUGGCUUCCUUAGCCAUUGCCUCAUUCCCACAUGUUCCUGUCCACGAUCGGGGUCUGGAUUCCGUGUGCUGUCCCCACACCUGAGGCUGCAUGCGGCUGGUGGCCCUGCAGUGCUGCUGCCGUCUACAAGAACAGUUGUUGUCACCCUGGCUGUGGCUGCCCCGCACUCCUGACCAUGCUGACCACAUGCUCGUGCCGCAGCCAUCUGCUUGCCUCGGCUUUGUUUGGCGAAGCCACUCCUCACCCUGCGUCAUGGUGCCAGGAGUCCAGCCCACGGCGCUCCUCCCUGCCCAUGGGUGGGAGCAUCAGCCAUCAGCACCUCUGGGUGCAUCCCCCUGAGUGCAGAGCAAAAUCCGAUGGGAAGCGGUGAGGCUGAGAGUGCUGAAAAUGCCACUGGCAACGGGCAGCGUCUGGGAUGGUUGCAGAGGUCGUCUGGGAUGGACAGAGUACCCUUCAGAGGACUGAUGUAGGUGUUUGUGGAUGGUGCGUGGCUGUGGGAGGGCUGGCACCUCUGUCCCUUCUCACCUGCACGGCCACACGUCUCCUUGCUGCAGGGCUGCUCUGGGGCUGCAGCAGGGAGCAUGGUCAGUGUGCUGUGUGCUGUGCUGCACGCGCUGCUCAGCUGCCUCAUCCCCCCUGCCAACCUGCUGGUGAUUGUGGCUGUCUGCCAGCUGCUGAGGAAGCAUCCGGGCUCCAGCUACAUCUACGUGCUCAACCUGGCCACUGCCGACCUGCUGGUGGGUGUGAUGUGCAUCACUGAGGCCCUGGACGAUGUUCUGGAUGGGGACUUUGACCGCAGCAAGUCCUUCUGCCUGCUGCGCAUCUCUCUGAGCAUGACGCCGUGCAUCGGCUCCAUCCUGACCCUGCUGCUCAUCUCCCUGGACAGGUACCUGGCAGUGAGGCUGCCGCUCUCCUACCGCACGCUUCCGAAGAAAGCACCCAUGGCCCUCUCCCUCAUCUUCCUCUGGAUACUUGCCUUCCUCCUUGGGCACCUGCCUCUCAUCUUUCCCUCCCUCCAGCAAAGCAACUACACGGGCUAUUGUGGGCUGCUCUCUGUGGCCAGGAGCGAGUACCUUUACACCCUCUGCUUCGGCGUUUUUGCUCCAUCCCUGCUAGUGCUGCUGUGCCUACACAUCUCAGUGUGCAGCAUUGCCUACACUCAGCACACACGGUUGCCUCACUCCUGUGUCCAGCCUGGGCCCCUCCGCGCCCGCCUGCGCCACUUCAAGGCUCUGCGCACUGUGCUCUUCGUCCUUGUCGGCUUCGGGCUCUCCUGGGGCCCGUACCUGGUGGGGGGCACCGUGCAGGCUGCCUGCCGAACCUGUGACCUGUCUGGUGCACUCAAGGACUCACUCUUCAUCCUGGGCGAGACCAACUCCCUCCUUAACCCUCUCAUCUACGCCCUGCACAGCAGAGACAUCCGCAGCCACCUCGCCAAACUGCUGGGCUGCAGGCAGAGGGGCCGAGGGCAGCCCGUGGCCUCCAGCAUCCGCACCGUGGGUGGUGGGAGCUGGCCCAGGACACCUGGGCUGUGAGGGGUCCGCGUCCCAUCACCCCCACGGCUGCAGGGCCUGCAGUGGGACAGUGGUGCUCAGUGUGGCUGCAAGCAGAUCCCCCUACGGCAGCCUCUUAUGUGCUGCGGGGGCCACUCACGGCCCGUUACUCCUACACCCAAGCAAAUGCUGCUGGGGAUGUUGGUUGCUUUGGUCAAACUGUGGCUUCUUAUCCCUUAUGAAUGGGAGAACUACUGCAUGCUGUGCUGUGCCUGCAGCAGGCUGGACUGGACUGCUGUGUGCUGUUCUGUGCCUGUAGCUGGCCAGACACCCUGAAGUGCUCCCAGCAAGGGAAUGUGGGCACUGCUGGCACUGUGCCCUUUGUGAGUGCUGCUGAGUGCAGCGGUGCCAUGCUGUGGCCUCAGAACACCUCUUCCCCCUACCCUUGUUGCAGGCUGUGCCUCAGCCAGUUGCUUUUAUCUUUGUGCCAAAUUUAUGGGCUGAAAUGAGUGCUCAGCCUGGGCUGGCUUCUGCUGGGAGACAGAAGGGAGUGUGCUAACAAGCAGUGCUCUGACAUCAGGCACACAGUCACUGUGCCCUGCACAAAACCUCCCAUCCAAGGCUUCCUCCCCACAAACUGACACAAUGCAACCCAAUGGUGGCUGCACCCCACCCUGAGCUGUUCCAUCAGCAGAAUGGCCCCAGGACUGCAGUGCCCUUGGCCCACAGCAGGCAGGGCUGCGGGGCGCUGGGAUCGGUGCCUGCCAGCACUGCAGCAUCGGAAUUCUCUGGCCGGCUCAAUCACUUUGCCUUCACACCACAUGUGCUGCUCAGACUGGAGUCUUUACUAUUGCCCGGACUGAGCUGCACAGCUCUUCUCUUAUGUCGGAAUUCUUGCAAAGGUACAAAAUCUUUAAAGUCUGUGUGACAAGGUACGCUGGUGGCUUCAUUUUGUCCCACUGCUCAUUGGAAGGGAAGUUCAGGCAGCCACGCAGCUUAUCAAUGAGUCGCAGGAUCUUCACCCGCAAGGCUAACAGCAGGAGCUCGUCCUCAUUCAGCUGGGGGUGGACACGCAGCUGGCCAGCCUGGCUGCCCUGAGAGAGUAGGGGGCAUCAGAGCUGCUUUGGGGGCAGGACCAAGGCUGGGGCAAAGCAGGGGCAUUUGCAUGGGUAAGGAAGAUUCCCUGGCUGCCCUGCUGCUGCUGCAGGACCAGCUGGGUGUGCAGCUGGCUGUGCAUGUAUGAAAUACCUGCACUUUUGUUCCCACGUUGAAUUUUGCUUGUUGCCCCAUGGCAAGGAAGGAAACUGUGAUUUUAUCCUGGCCCACGAUCCUGACCCCCACGUGCAGGUUCAGGGAGAGGAAGAUAGGGCUCAGUGGGGCACAGGGUCCCGAUGACGCUGUACUGCUUGGCCACAUCCACCUCCUCACCCUGUUGCCUGCCCGGUCCAGGCACUGCCCUCCUGCGGUGUUCAUCGUUAUCCUAAAAGAGAGAAAAACCAACACUCCGCAGCGAGGUGUGCACACUGCAGUUCUGCUGUCCCCAGCACCCCAGGGGGCAGGACCUGGUGCCGGCGCUCAGCAGGGACAGGACCUUGCUCAAGGCUCAGCACAUACAGGACCUCGUAUAGAGCUUACCAAGCUGUGGCACAAGUUUGGGCCUGACAGCCCAGCACACAGUGGGGCACAGCCCUUAGAGUGUGGGAUUUGGAAACGGGGAGAUCAAUCUUCAUUUAGUCCUGAGCGCCUCCCAGCCACGGCGUCCUGCCUUCACAGCAUUCCCACCACAAGGCCAUGCUGCAUCAGCUCAGUGCUGCCGUGUCUCUGGUUUUUCCCAGUGGCAUUAGUUUUAUAAAAGCACACGUCCUCUCCCUAUAGAUCACAUCUCCCCUAUGGUGUAUUUGCCUUUCAAUUUUGGAGUGCUGCUAAAAAUACCCUUUAUGAUCUUAGAAAACAUGCAGUGGGAGCGAAGCUGCUGUCUGACACCAACGUACCACACAGUGCCGUGCGGGUGGUAGCAGGUGCUCCUGCCGUUGGAUGCAAAUACUGCCUGUAUCUCACUGUUACUUGCCUUGUCUUCCUGCACUAUGCAAACAAACCGCUUUUUCUCUCGUACAACGAUGACGGCCAGGUUUCCAGAUGGAUAGCUACCAUCAGAUAAGGUGCUCACAACUCCUCUGUGUGCCCGGUUCAUUGGUUAUUGCAUACCACGUAUGUCAGAGUGCUGCUUUGGAGCGCACGGACUGAUGCAUUACCUGGGCUGUGGUGCUGCAGGCAGAACGAUGGUGUGCUGCAGUCCCACCUGGGGAAGGGCAAAGUCCUUUCCUAUAUAAAUGUUCUCUGUACACUGACCAAAAUACCCUUUGUUGGCUUUUUAAGUAACAAUCCAAGCACAUUUGUGAAAUCUGUACCACUUAGGACUGAAAGCACGAGCCUGGCAAAGGGAAGCAGUGAGCUUAAUGUGAGUGACAGAGAAAACAGGGGCAAGUCCCAUUCUCACAGAGGAAAAAAAAAAAAAA